AUGGCCAGAUUAAAGCUUAAUAAACUGGAGGAGUAUUUGUCAAGUGUUGAUGGCUUUGAGAAACCAAAAAUUCUCUUAGAACAAUAUCCAACUCCUCCACACAUUGCCGCUUGCAUGGUGCAUCACAUCCAGACCCAGCAUGAGGAUAUUGAGGGCAAAUUAGUAGGUGAUUUGGGCUGUGGCUGCGGCAUGUUAAGCAUUGCCAGUCAUUUACUGGGAGCAGACUUGACAAUUGGCUUUGAGAUCGAUGGCGAUGCCAUAGAUGUGUUUAGAGGCAACAUCGAUGACAUGGAACUGCCCAAUGUGGACUGUGUGCGCACAGAUGUCCUACAAUUGCAAACGGAAGGGAUUGGUAGAUGGGGCAAAGUAUUCGAUACAAUCGUAAUGAAUCCGCCAUUUGGAACCAAGCACAAUGCCGGCAUCGAUAUGCAAUUCCUUGAGGUGGGCUUGGCUCUGGCUAGCGGAGCAGUCUAUUCCCUGCACAAGACAUCAACACGUGACUACAUUCAAAAAAGAUGUCACAAAUGGAAUGUUAAAGGAAAAGUUGUUGCCGAACUUCGUUAUAAUCUCGAUGCCAGUUACAAAUUCCAUAAACACAAGUCCAAGGACAUUGAAGUCGACUUGUGGCGUUUUGUGCAUGGCGAUGAAACAAUUUAAACAUUUUGGUGACAAUUUUAUUAGAUCUAUGCUAGAAAAAACUAUUGAGAAAAUGCACUUGUUAUUGCAUUUUAACGUUUUGAUCUUAUUUUGUAGAUUUUUUUUUUUAUAAAAUUUUAUUAUUAGUUUUGUUUAUUUGUGUAAUUAUACUCUUCAACUUAUUGAUUUUAAA